CGACGAUAAGAGGACGAAGAGGACGAAGAAGCGGUUGAUCAGACACAGCAAGAGACGCAAAUUUACAGUCUACGAAAGGGUUUUUCUGUUAAAACAGUCACCAUGAUUAUUCCCGUGCGGUGUUUCUCAUGUGGAAAGGUCGUUGGAGAUCUGUGGGAGCGGUAUCUGCGGCUGCUGGACGAGGGUGUUCCCGAUGGUGAUGCGAUGGACCAGCUGGGCUGCAAGCGAUACUGCUGCAGGAGAAUGCUAAUGACGCACGUCGACCUAAUCGAGAAGCUUCUGCGGUAUGGGAGAUCGUGCCACUGUUGGACUGUGAGGACGACUGGAUGCUAACAGAGGGAUAGAUACAACCCAGCGGAGCGCGACCGAGCUAAGAUCAACCUGUAGACAGAUAAAAAUAAAAAAUAAAAACACGAACGACAAAACGAAUUGAACGAGAAGACCCUCGCGAGGAGACAACUGGGGAGGAGAGUAAGAGAUCGGAGUUAGAAGGGCGGCUAUGUACGUGUGAGGACAUGCGCGGGUCCGGAGACACAACAGUCGGGCAACCCAUAACGGGCAAGUCAAGCAGGAGCUGUUGAUCAAGGUCAUGAACCAGGAGCCAGAAGACAAGGGAGUCAGGGAGUCAGUCGAGAGAGAUCAAGGACCGGCCCAUGAGCUGGCCAGCCAGCAUAAUUGCAGACAGCCAGCAGCAUAACUGCAGAUGGGACAGGCGCUUACCAUCACCUUCACCGUCACCAGAAAUAUACAUAGCACAGCAAUCAUCAGCAAUCAGCAAUCAGCAGCAGCAGCAAAGCAAACCAGUAUGCUUUCUAUAUGCCAGCCAGCCCUUCCACCGCAUCCCUGUAGCUGCUUAUUACUGAGCAUCCUCAUCCUCGCAGAAGCCCAACCAGGGCCGCAGGAAGUCCCCGAUUGAUAUACACAUUCGUACUAACGCGCGGAAGAAGCAAAGAGCGAAAAAGC